AUGGGCGUUAAGCAGAAACCCGAUGAAGUAGAAGAUCCUGAUAAAGAUGACGCUAGUGAUUACAGAGAAUCUCACCAGUUUGCCUCGCACAUGAGCGAAAAAUCGGAGGCCGUGUCCGAUUUCGCAAUGGAGAAGACAUUGAGGCAACAACGAGAAUACCUACCCGUAUUUGCGUGCCGACAGAAAAUGCUUAACGUCAUUAGAGAGAACAAUGUUGUGAUUAUAGUCGGAGAGACUGGUUCAGGAAAAACCACACAGCUUGCGCAAUAUUUGCUCGAGGAAGGAUUUGGAAGUACAGGAAUCAUCGGUUGCACCCAACCACGUCGAGUUGCUGCUAUGAGUGUAGCGAAGCGUGUAGCUGAUGAAAUGGAUGUCGAGCUUGGUCAAGAAGUCGGAUAUGCCAUCCGUUUCGAAAAUUGCACAUCAGAAACUGAACUGUGA